UUGAAGAAGUUGGUGUUUCAGUUACAUCUGUCACCAGGAACUUGCAACAACUAAGUGUAAACAAGGAUGAUAGAGGGUUUCCAUCUGAGGCAAAUGCACCUUCUGUUGUAAUUCCAGAGCACUUGCAAAUUCAAGCUGCUGACUGCUCCCACUUGAGCUUUGGUAGUUUUGGUUCUGCAAUGGAUCCUGCACAUCCUUCUAGGACUGAAACAUCUGUGCUUGAGAAAUCUAACUUGGAAGAGGCACAAAAUGAGACUGAAGAAUCAACCGGGGGCCAGCCGGAGACAAG